UUAAGUUUUAGCCCUUCAAAGUUCAAAGCCAAUGCAAAAACAGAGCAAAAAAGGGACGCUGACACUCAUAUCUUAAAGAUUCUCCAUCGUUAAACAAUCAAAUCCCAACUCAUCACUACAUUUUUAAGAGCUCUUCUCUUCAUUUUUUGAGCCCAAAAUCACUAAAUUGAAUCACCAUUCAAGCUUCUUUUUUUUUUGGUCUUUUGAGCAACUUGUAAUUUAACCAGGAGGCGGAAUUAGACAUAACAUAUAGAAGUAUGGUUACUCCUCAGCAGCCAAAGAGGAGAGUGGCAUUUAUCCUGAUCGAUGGAUUGGGUGAUGUGUCAUUGCCGAGGCUUGGCUACAAGACUCCUUUGCAAGCAGCAAACGUGCCUAACUUAGAUGCUAUUGCAUCUGGCGGAGUUAAUGGCCUUAUGGACCCUGUUGAAGUAGGCUUGGGUUGUGGAAGUGACACUGCUCACCUUUCCUUGUUAGGUUAUGACCCAAGAGUUUACUAUCGGGGUCGAGGAGCUUUUGAGUCCAUGGGUGCUGGAUUGGCAAUGUCUUCUGGCGAUAUUGCAUUCAAAUCAAAUUUUGCAACGUUAGAUGAGAAAACUGGAAUAGUCACGAGUAGAAGGGCUGAUAGGCAUUUUGAAGAAGAAGGGCCUAUUCUCUGUGCAGCUCUGGAUGGAAUGAGGUUGCCGUCUUUCCCAGAAUAUGAAGUCAGAGUCAGGUAUGCAACAGAACAUAGAUGUGGAGUAGUGGUGAAAGGUCCAAAACUGAGUGGGAAUAUAUCAGCAACAGAUCCACUUAAGGACAACCGCUUACUUCUUCAAGCUGAAGCCUUAGAUAGCACUGACGAGGCAAGACAUACAGCUGCAGUUGUUAAUGAGUUAUCCAGGGAGAUAUCUCGUAUUCUGGUUUCUCACCCACUAAAUGCAAAACGAGCAGCAGAAGGUAAGAAUAUUGCCAAUGUGGUCCUUUUACGAGGAUGUGGCAUUCGAAUUGAGGUACCUUCUUUUCGGGAUAAACAUGGUUUAUGGGCAUGCAUGGUAGCUCCCACUAAAAUUAUUGCUGGUUUGGGAUUAUCACUAGAUAUUGAUAUUCUAGAAGCUCCUGGAGCAACUGGAGAUUAUCGAACGCUUUUGACUUCCAAAGCAUCUGUCAUAGCUAAGGCACUCUCAGCUCCAUUGGCGCCUUCUCCCAAUGUAUUUGUACCAGGGGAGGAUGAGCACAAACCAGGACGACCAGAUGGCUAUGACUUUGGGUUUCUCCACAUUAAGGCAAUAGAUGAUGCAGGCCAUGACAAGGCAAGCAUUUUGAAAGUUAAAGCAUUGGAAGCUGUAGAUCGAACUAUUGGCCAGCUGGCCAAGCUCCUCUUGCAAGCAGAAUCAACCGGAAAGUUUCAGUAUUUCAUUUGUGUCACUGGAGAUCACUCUACGCCGGUUGAAUAUGGAGACCAUAGUUUUGAACCAGUUCCGUUUUCGAUGUGCCGGUUGAGAGAUUUUGUGGGUGCCGUGGGUGGAGAGUCCAUCAUCAUGGAAACUUCCCUUGAUCCAUUUCCUAUUCCUACUGUUAAGGCUGGUGAAGACCUUGUGGAAGCUGAGAAGGUGGGAAAGGAGGGAAGCAGCAAACAGCUUAAAGCUUUCAGCGGUGAUUCAGUUUGUAAACUUAGUGAGAUAGCGGCAGCAAGAGGAUGCCUUGGACGGUUUCCAGGGGGACAAAUGAUGGGUAUUAUCAAGGCAUUUCUUGAACUUAAUGCAUAAGCUGCGUAUCCAAGAACAACUGGCAUGGCCUGGGGUUCUCAAUGAGGUGGUUUUUCAGCUUAAAAGAGAGGGAAAAGGAACCAUUAUUUGAUGAUGAAAUUAUUGAGAUUUGAAUGCUUCUGCUUUACAGAAAUAUGAGCGAUUUGUACUCACCUGCAAAAUAAUACAAAGGAAAAGUAUUCAAAUGAUCCUUCUCUCACGGGAUAGAUCCUUGGUCAUGGUCAUUCCAUAUCAUCCCUGUGAGAACCAGCACAUAUUUUGUCAUUCUGCUUGAUCCAUACUUUUGAAGAUGCCACUUGAUUCGGUUGUUUUCCCUACCUAUUGACUGACAAGAAUUUCCCAACCCUUCGCAUACUUUUUCUUACACCAAAAGAAGUAAAAAUCCCUUUGUAAUUGGCAGUCGAAAACUUGUGUCCAUGGUUUAUUUUCCAUUAGUUAAGUUUAUCUUAGCCAGCUCAUGUCUUUCAGAUAUUGGCUUGAGUGAGCUGCAGCUGCUUGUUUUUUCUGCUGUGGUUACACAGACUUGAUAAAGUUCUUGGGAGGUGCAUGAUUGAGAAGCAUACCGGUUCUGCUACUUUGGCAUUAGACAGUUGCACAUUGUAAAUUUUCAAUUUACUAUUUGAUUAUUUCAAAUAAAAGAAAUGUGCAAUGACAA